UUUUUGGUUGAUUUUAUGGUUACAAGAAAUUCUCGACAAUCAAGAAGUUUAAGUGGUACUAGUGUUGGUACUACUGUUUAUGUACGUGAAUCAUUAAUGGCUUCGUGUAGUGGUGCUUUGGUCAAAUUGGCCUUAGUAUUAUUCAAUCUAAUUUUAUUUUGUAUUGGUAUAUUUCUUGCCUAUACUGGUUAUUCAAUAUUUGAUAAUAAAAAUCAAGAAUGGGAUGCUGUUAUAAAUACAAAUUUUAAAACCGGAUCAAUAAUAUUGAUAAUAUUUGGUGUAUUGAUUGCAUUCGUAGCAGCAACUGGUGCAUUUGGUGCUUGCCUAGAAAAUAGUUCAUUAUUGGAUGCAUAUGGUUAUAUAAUAUUCUUUUUGGUUAUCGGUGAAAUAGUAUUAUUCUAUUUUAGUUUUAAAUAUAAAGAUGAAUUGGUUGCAAAUUUGGAAACUGGUAUUAAACAAGCAAUAUCAAGAUUUGAUAAAGAUCCAAGAUUAUCAUAUGGCCUACAAAUGAUACAGAAAUUUUUUCGUUGUUGUGGUUUUGAAGGACCAGAUGAUUUUGGUACAUCUGAAUUACCUGCAAGUUGUUGUGAUCAAAUGUCAAAAGUUUCAUUAGAUGAUCCAACUGCUAGUUGUCCAAAAGAUCAAAUACAUUUUACAAAUGGCUGUAAACAUUCACCAUUCAUUGAAAAAACAUUAGGUUCAGUUACAUAUGCAUCAUAUGCAUUAGUUCUUUUUCAAUUAGUUGUUAUAUUAAUGGCAUGUUGUUUAUCAAGAGAUCUUCGAUCUCAACGUAAAAUUAAUCAAAAAAUUGAACAUGAACUACGUAAAGAAAAACGUAUGUUACGUAGAAAUUUAAAAUUAUUAUUACUUGGUACCGGUGAAUCGGGCAAAAGUACAUUCAUUCGACAGAUGCGUAUUAUACACGAGCAUGGUUAUGAAACUGUAGCCGAACGUAUGGAAUAUGUAUCGAAAAUUCAUCAAAAUCUUCUAACAACAAUCUUAACGAUUAAUCAUGCAAUGCAAUUAUUAAAUAUUCAAUAUGAAGAUUCGAAAAUUAUUGAUGAUUUAAAAAAAUCUUUAUCAGGAACAUAUAAUUAUAAUUAUGUUGAAACAUGGCAUCAAUGGUUGAAUAAUUCGACGAAUCGAAAUCGUUUGGAAAAUAUCAAUGUUGAUAAUGAUGAUGUGGAUGAAAAUAGCCGUCGAUUACAAAGUCUUCGAUCAUAUCAAUUGAUUAUACAAAUGAUACAAAAUCGUUUACCAUCCCAAUUACUGGAUCUGUUUAAUCGAUUUUGGAAUGAUCCUGGUGUUGGCCGAUGUUUACAGAAACGUAAUCAAUAUGAUUUACUUGAUUCAUCCACCUAUUAUAUGGAACGUUUAAAUGAAAUCCUCAGCGAUUCAUAUGUACCAUCCGUUCAGGAUAUUCUACACGUUCGAAUUCCAACCAAUGGUAUAAAUGAAUAUAAUUUUGAAAUUGAUUCAGUAAAUUUUAUGUUAGUUGAUGUUGGUGGACAACGUACCGAACGAAGAAAAUGGAUACAUUGUUUUGAAUCAGUAACGACAAUCAUUUAUAUUGUUGCAUUAAGUGAAUUUGAUCAGAUAUUUUGGGAACCAACUGCGGCAGCUAAUUUCAAUUGGUUACAUCAUCAACAACAUCGAUAUUUGAACGACGAUCAAGGUAGAGCCACCAUUAAAGAUUGGCAAAAACCGAUAAAUAAAUUGGCUGAAAGUAAAGCAUUAUUCAAAACAAUCAUACAAUCACGAUGGUUUCGUGAUACAUCAGUGGUUUUAUUUCUAAAUAAAUAUGAUUUAUUUGAAGAGAAAAUUCUUUAUGGUCCGAAUCGUUUGGAAGAUUUUUUCCCCACUUAUUCGACUGUAAAAAUUUUCAAUGAAGAAGAUAAUCUAAAUGUUCGAAAUGUUGAAAUAGCUGCCGAUUUUAUAUUACGAAUGUUUUAUGAACAAGAUUCGGAACAAUUUCGUCGUCAUGUUGUUUAUACACAUUUUACCUGUGCAACUGAUACUGGUAAUAUAAAAAUUGUAUUUCAAGCUGUUAAAAAUACAAUUAUGGAACAAUUAUUAUCAAAAGAGAUACAAAUUUUUUAA